CGGAACUUAUUGUACGAACAAAACUGAAAGUAUCGAUUGACGCUAAUGACAGUGACAGUUUGCUGUGUUUUGGAUAUGUCAUCAAACUUCCAUCAAAGGUGACGUGUGUUAUUUAUAUUUUUUAAAAAUGUACAAAAAUUUCGCACUUAUAUCGCUGUUCCUGUUCUUUGGAUUACUCAAUGUGACUUCUGCAUUAUAUUUCCACAUAGGCGAGACGGAGAGGAAAUGUUUUAUCGAAGAAAUUCCAGAUGAAACGAACGUAAUAGUAAAUUACAAAGUGGAACUUUACGAUCCGAGGAGCGGAGGUUUCAUGCCCUCCUCCUCCGGAAUCGGUAUGCACGUAGAGGUCAGGGAUCCCGACGAUAAAGUGAUUUUAUCCCGAGUGUACAGCGCAGAAGGGAAAAUAUUUUUCACUUCUCACUUACCAGGAGAGCACGUAAUUUGCAUGUACUCUAACAGCUCUGCUUGGUUCAGCGGGUCUCAAUUGAGGGUUCACCUGGACAUACAAGUAGGAGAACACGCUAUUAAUUACGGAGAAGUCGUGCAGAAGGAGAAACUUUCCGAAUUACAGCUGAGAGUUAGGCAACUCAUUGAUCAAGUGGACCAAAUCACGAAAGAACAGAAUUAUCAAAGGUUUCGAGAAGAACGUUUCAGACAAACCAGCGAAAGCACUAACUCGAGGGUGCUUUGGUGGUCUCUCGCCCAAACGACCGUUUUAUUUGUAAUGGGAAUCUGGCAAAUGCGGCACUUGAAAACUUUCUUUGAGGCGAAGAAACUGGUGUAGACGAAAUUAUGGUUUAGAUUUUUCUGGAUGUGUACAUAUAAUGCGGAAACUUAUUUUUACUUUCAUACCUUUAAUUCCUGAAAAUUAAUUUAUAAAAGUUUGUUACAAAAUUAUUACCUCAACUGAAAUAAAACGUUAUCGACAACUCACUUUUAUUCUUAACAUUAAACUAACAUUGAUUAUACAAAUCCUACACACUUAUCUAAGUAGUUAGGAAAAAGAGAUUUAUCGGGUUCUGGAUAUGGUUUAAGUAUAGUAAAAUCUCUUUGUAAUGCCUCACCAAGGGUAUCGCAAGUGCUGUAAUAUAAAUAGCCGUGCUUUUGAAGUUCUUCGGCCAAUUCUAUUUGAUGGUUGUCCAUUAAAUCUUCGUUAAUAACAACCAAAAGAGGUUUCUUCUUCCUCAAUACAUCCAAGCAGGAGCCAGCUCCGGCGUGACUAAUAACAAUAUCACUGGAUGUAAUUUCUCCAUCAAAGUCUUCGAAAUACUCUUCAAAUCUUAUAACCAAAUCAUUAUAUUCUAUCACAAGUGGGCUUUCACUUUUCACGUUGUAAGAAGAUAGUUUUGGAAGGAUGGCCUCUGGGUAGAAAUCUUUUCCAGUUUGAAUUUGAAUGAAAUUGUAACCUAAAGACUGAAAUAAACGGAGUACAUCUUCUGUAACAAUUUUAUCGAUUAAUUUUGGAAAUUUUGUAGUUCCUACAGUCACAAAAACUUUCUUUGGUUUCAUUUUUUGAUAUAAAAUUUACAAGUAUUUUAGUAUUUACACAUUUUGUUAUAGC